AUGGCAGCCCUGACAGUGAGACAGGUCGGCCAGGUUGCUCCGCCUUUGAAGCAGAAGGUGGAGCAGUUUCAGCAGAUCAUUGACAACAACGACCAGUCGGUGGCCCGCAUCCGCGAGCAGCUGCGAAGACUGGAGCCGCAGCGAGAGCGGCUCUCUGAUCAGGUCCAACAGCGGCAAGAUGACCGCCGGUCCAUUCAUUCGCAGCUUGCGCGCCUGGAAGACUCCUUGGCCUCUUUCGGGGCUGAGAGUGUGCAGCUCGAGGCUGCAGCUGAGGAGAUGCCACGCCUCCUGGAACGCAUCGCGCCGGUGAACGCUCCUGGUGCACACGUGGAUCCGUCUGGUUUUCGCAGACUGCCGGCAGCAGCCAUUGAUGUGCCUCUCCCGUACUUCGACGCCCUUGCAGAGCAGCUUGAAGCAAGGACGAAACAGGUCUACGAGAGAGUGAAUGCUGUCGAAAAGGCCUUGGCGACAUAUAAUCGCCAGGUUUCAGGCGUCCCAGUGACAUCGCAGAUCGAGGCUCGUGUGCAGCUGCUGGUGACAAU